AUGGAAAAAAAAUUAAAUGAACUAUUUAAAGAAGUUGCAACAUCAGAGGAACCAGUUCAAUCUCAAUGGUGGUAUGGUAACGAGGCAGAAAUCGAACGUUCACCAAUUCUUGCAACAUCUCGUAAACAGUUUGACAACUCACCUAUAACAAACUGCAUUAUUCAAAUGUCAAAGGAUUAUGCAGACUUCGUGAAUGGAUCUGGAAGAAAGUCUUUUCAUAGUACACCACCAUCUAAAAUGGAAAUGCCAAUUCAUUUGUCUGUUGUUCCAUUCAUAAAUGAACAGAAGGGGUUUAAUAGAAGAGGGGACAGGCCUCGCAUGAAGUCCGAUUAUCUCAAAUCUCCUUACAUUAUACAGCUUUUCCUACCGGUUGUCCGUUCCUUCCACAUUUUCCUUUUUGUAAUCAAUCUACAACACCCAGAGUUUGUAAUCAUUGACAACAGCAAAGUUGAUGAUAUUGAUGUAAAAUAUGGUCAAUUGUCCCAUAUCAUCAAAACGUACAUACUUGAUUACUUAAGAUCUCAGAAUCAUCCAAAAACUGAGAUGUCACAUCUGAUGCCACAUAGACUGGAAAUGCCUUGGAGAACAAUAAACAACCACAUUGAUUGUGGUGUGUUCACAAGGCGUCACAUGGAAACGUAUAUGGGUGGAAGUAUGAAUGAGUUUAAAGUUGGGUUCAAGAACAAAUCUCUUGCAAAAGAUGAUCAACUUGCUAAGUUGAGGACAAAAUAUUUAUACAAAAUCAUCACUCAAGAAUAUAAUGUGCAUAAGGAUGUUGUGCUUCAAAAGGUUGAUCAAUUCCACAAGAUUCCUUCAAGACAACGCUCUGAAAUGUUGAGUAUUGCAAAGGAACAAAUUCACACAAUAUUAGAUGAUUUUAGUUAA